GGCAAUCCGGGGAUGUUAGCGUUCGCUCGAGGUCGAUAGGAUGAGGCGUGUUUGUUUCAUCGCUAUGCAAUUAUACACAGUACACAGCACGCAGUACGAGAUAUACCGUGAUCUUGAGGGGAAGGCUGUGUUGCUUGGCGACGGCGAUGAUUUGUGAAGCGACUGUUGAGGGUUACGACGAGGUGACGAACUCAAACUGGAUACUGAUUGCCACAUGAUGGCUUUGAGGACAAGCUGGCGGGGAGGUAGUUAGGUAGCCAGGUUCUUGUUCUUUGUCCCAGUAUAUGGAUCGUACCUCAGGAUGUAUUUAAGCCGUUUCAGACAUAGUAGCUAUCAUUGUCGACGACAAAAUCCAUCCACGGUACAAGUAGUUCAAAGUAAAUCUUCCAUUCGGAAACAUUCACAGGACCAUUCUCCGUCUCCUCCUUCUUCCCCUUCGCCUUCCUCUUCUCAUUCUUACCUGCCAAUUGAAGAGAUACACUGAAAUUUUUGACCGGAUUGGGAUUUGAUAAAAACUACGCCGCACCGCUGCAUUUUCCAAAUUGCUAUCAAUUGCCAUCAAUUGCUAUCAUAUCAGCCUUCUACCGCCUUGCCAAAAAUAACCGCCCAUCAAAUAAAAAUCUACUUUCCUUCCUUGAAAAUUUAAUAUACAGGAAAACAUCUCGAAGAAUAUCCAAGAGAACGAAACAAACUGUGUAUCGAAAAUAUCAGUUGAAACUUCAUGCAGAACAUCGACGGUCCACAGCCUAUGGUGAUAUAAUCUAAGCAACGGCUUUCGUUAUCGCAGUACAUCGCAUCUCGCUAUCACAUUCCCUACAAGACACCGGCAUCGGUUUACAAGAAAGAUAGAACGUAUCGCAGAUUAUCAAAGUCAAUUUUCGCAGUCACAGCCAUGAAAGCCAUGAAGAAUAUGGGCAUGAAUCGCAUGCUGGGUUCACUGAAGCGAUCCAAAGACUCCAAUGAAGAAACUGGAGACCCUCAGCACGAUACACCCGAAGCAAAUGCAGCCAGAAAUAUUCGCUCGUUCUGCGAAUCUGGGGGUCCAAAUGGUUCGGGUGAAGAAGUUGGUUAUCUGCCUGCGAUAGUUGAAGCCGCAGAAUCCUCUCCGGGAGCUGCGAAAGAAUGCGCCUACCAUAUUCGAAAGUUCCUCUCCAAGGACAACCACAGCAAAGCCUACGUACAAUAUAAUGCAAUUAUGUUGAUUCGGAUCCUGACCGAUAACCCUGGAAUGACCUUUACGAGGAAUAUCGAUGCGAAAUUUGUACAAACGGUCAAGGAGCUUCUGAGAACUGGAAGAGAUCCAAGUGUUAAGCAGAUAUUGAUGGAAACUUUGAUCACAUUCACGAGAGACAAGGCAAACGAUGAAACAUUGGCUCCUCUUAUUGAGAUGUGGAAGAAAGAGCAAGAGAAAAUGAUGAAAGUAGCAGGUCCGGCAGGUCCGGCAGGUCCGCGAACCCUCAUCGCUCCACCCUUUGAUCCUAAUUCGCAAAAUUACUUCGGGCGAAAUCACCAUACUCAUCGCCUUCCCCCUCCACACGAACUCUCGUCCCGUAUCGAAGAGGCACGCACUUCCGCAAAACUCCUCUCCCAAGUCGUACAAUCUACACCUCCUUCCGAACUUCUUGCUAAUGAACUUAUCCGCGAAUUUGCUGAUCGUUGUCAAUCUGCAAGCAGAAGUGUACAAGCGUACAUGGUUUCAGAAAAUCCAGCACCGGACAAUGAUACCAUGGAAACCUUAAUUGAGACCAAUGAACAAUUAAGUAAAGCUAUGAAUCAACAUCAAAGAGCAGUGCUACAUGCGCGGAAACUCAUGGGGCUUGGGAAUGGAGAUAGUACUCCUCCGGCAGGAACAAGCUCGGGAUUUACACCACCACCUGGUCCGCCACCCAACCAAGUUUCAAAACCUGUCCCAAGUAAUGGUAAGAGAUCAGUGCCACCGAUUCCUCCACCAGGAGAUAUCGCGCCUAUGGAUGACGAGGACGAUGAACGAAAUCCUUUCAGUGACCCAGAGCCAAACUCAUCAAGGAGACCACCAUUCCCAUCUGAUGCGCCACCGAAAACGACUGCUCAGUUCAAUGAUACUCUUGGUGUCGAACCAUAUCACCCUGGAUUCAAAGAAACCAAGAGCUAUGUCGGAAGGCAAGAUAGUAGUAUAGGCAAUGUCACAAUGCAUGCUGCAGUUAAUGAGCAGUUAUCAGAUGAUGAGGACGACGAGCCAAGAUACUCAGUAGCUCAGGGUAAGCAACCUGUCUAUCGAUACUAGAUGAUUUUGAAGGAUAUAUAACGCACGGGUAAAGAGAUUUCAGAUCUUGGGGUGGAUAUUGAAGAAUUGAUGCAUUUACGAUUUGAUGGAUGUAUAUUGGAGCGAUCUUUUCGGGUUGAGAGCGAAGCGGCAUUUUGAUACCUUGGGGUUAUAAGAUUACUAAGCGGAGUUUUAAUGGGUGGUAGUAGCUGUCAAUUUAAGAUCGAGAUUAUAUUCUUUCGAUCCGAUUUUCCUUCACAUCUUGAAUCACAGGACUGGUCCAAGAGAUUGGACGGAUUGGAUCAAUGUAUUAGAUCAAUCGGGCUCUGAUGCUAUUCCCACUGUAUGUUAGCCCAUUCCCCACUGCGGAAUCAUCAUUUGCAGGCUGAUAGAUUGGAAUGCAUCCAACGCUCAAGGUGGUAUGUCAGAAGGUCUCCAUCCGCCUCUGACGUUAAUCCCCGCAUGAUUUUA